CUAAAAUCCAAACACAGGCAUAUAUUCUUUGCAUUUGCUGCCACUUGACAGCCUCUUACAAGACCAUUUCCAAUGCAUGCCCUUCAACAUUGACCACAAUCAAAGUAACCUCUUCCCUUGUCCGGCCUUUAACUAUAUAAGAUCAGACAGAUAUGCCAUUGCCAGCAUCAAGCAUCAGUUCCCAGUUCCUCCACAAUAUGGAUUUUCGUGGCUACCUACGACAAGAAAAGCACACAACAAAGGUUUACUCGUCCGACCAAUACCUUGAAGAGGACGAUGAUGUUUUCUAUGAUGAAUUAAGGAAGCAAGUCUUGCAGUUGACAGCUGAAGAUGAUGAAGAUGCAUAUGAGAACAACAUUCUACAAGGCCGAAAACAAGGCCUGCAUACCGGACCGUGUAGUGUUCGACUGCCUAGAUGCUAUUACAAUUGGCCAGGGAAUAAGGAGGAUUGUGCUGCAGCACCUGCGUGGAUGUUGAACUUGUGGAGAAGUGGAAAUGGGACAGGAGUUUUCAUACCACAAACUGUUCAAAGGAAAAAUAGAUCAAGGAGGAAGAAGAACGAGAAAGGAAGAACAUACAAGAGGGUGGAGAAGACAAACUGAGCAUCACCCUUAAAGUUUUGUCAUAUUACAAAAAGAUAUCCUCGAUUUAAAGGCUAGAGUAUCCCCUUCACUCGUAGUUUACGUUAUAGGUCUUAAAAUUGAAUGGCAGAGAGGAAGUUGCAGGGGGUGCUUGUGUAACUUUUUAAAAUUGAAGGAACUUCUGUGUAAGACACUCAAACUACAAUGGGUGUCUAUGUAAUUAUUGGGUCUUUUUUUUUUUUUUUUAUUUCAACAAAGGAUGUGAAUAUUUUAUUCACUGUUCAGCUAAUGUAAAUGCAUGUAAAUGAAAUAUCUGUGGUAGCACUGA